AUGGAGGCCCCCGGGCUUUCUGUCCCCUCUGAGCAUUUCACCAGCAUCAAAGAGCUGACGGAGACCCUGGAGAAAGGGCAGGAGGAGGUAGACAGGGUCCCGCGAGUGCAUGACCUGCAGAGCGCUGGAGAGCCUGCGCCCAUAGGCAGCCACGAGCUGCUGCAGGCCCUGCUGCUGGAAGGGAGGCUGGAGUUGGUGGAGACCACUGCCGAGGGCGACAAGCACAUCCUGACGCUGCAGCCAGCACCGCUGGCUCCGGAGCACCUGGAGCUGCUGAACACAGGCUGGCUGGACAUACAGCACAUGCAGGAGGUGCAGGUGGAGUUGCAGGAGGCCGAGGGCCCGUUCCCGGCACUGCUGUGGUUGGAGGAGGAGCCCCCGCCCAGCGUGCAGCAGGGCGCAGUCUUCGGUGUCCAGGAGGAGCUAUCCCUAGUGCCGGAGCUGGAGGGCAUGAAAUUCCACCUGCUGGAGCAGAGCCUGGAGGUGGCCAAGGAAAACCUUGAGCCAGCAGGGAGCCUGUCUGAAAACUCAGAAUUGACGAAGCUUGAGAAAGGUCAGGAGGAGCACCAGCCGGUGGCGGAGGGAGGAGGGCCUCAAGGAGUGGAGGAGCAGUUCAUUCUCCUGGAAUCGAGGGCUGGAGAGGACGCAAGAGGCGAACUUGCCCUGGCCAUUUCCACCUUAAACGUGGGCGAACAGAGAGAAGAGCCUGCACUUGGCCAAGCAAACAAUGAAAGAACCAGCUCUAUAAAAAACCAACCAAAAACCAAGGGAACAGAACAAACCUUCCAAUGCAACCUCUGCGCGUUCACCUGCUCGAGGGUCUCCAGCCUUAAUCACCACAUGAGAAGUCACAAGACACCCCACACAUGCCACGUCUGCCUAAAGACCUUCCGCACUGUCACCCUGCUUCAGAACCACAUCAACACCCACACAGGAACCAGGCCUCAUAAGUGUAUGGACUGCGACAUGGCAUUUGUCACCAGCGGAGAGCUCGUCCGCCACAGGCGUUACAAGCACACUCACGAGAAGCCGUUUAAAUGCUCCAUGUGCAAGUACGCGAGCGUAGAAGCCAGCAAGCUGAAGCGCCACAUCCGCUCCCACACGGGCGAGCGUCCCUUCCAGUGCCUCCUCUGCAGCUACGCCAGCAGGGACACCUACAAGCUCAAGCGCCACAUGCUCACCCACUCAGGGGAGAAGCCCUACGAGUGCCACAUCUGCCACGCCCACUUCACCCAGAGCGGGACCAUGAAGAUGCACGUCCUCCAGAAGCACAGCAAGAACGUGCCCAAGCACCAGUGUCCCCACUGUGACGCCCUCAUUGCAAGGAAGAGCGACCUGCGUGUGCACGUGCGCAACCUGCACACGUACCACGCCACGGAGAUGCAGUGCCGCCGCUGCCCCGCCACCUUCCACGAGCGCUAUGCCCUCAUACAGCACCAGAAGACCCACAAGGACGAGAAGCGCUUCAAGUGCCCCCGCUGCAGCUACGCCUGCAAGCAGGAGCGGAACCUGGCUGCCCACAUCCGCACCCACACUGGAGAGAAGCCCCACAAGCACCUCGGGCAGAGGCGGAAUCUGGAAGUGCAUCGCAAGAAGUACCACGAAGACUCAGAUUUCAACCUGACCCUUCACGAGUGUCCCACGUGUGGCAGGGGCUUCUCGCGCUGGGUAAGUCACUGA